GUCGUCGCAUUGUAAAUUUGUGCUUCGCUGUGUUCGGUUGGAAGGCGUGCGGGCGUCCAAGCAACAACAACUACAACUACAACUUCAAAGAGCGACAGCAACAGCAACACCGAAGCAGCCACAGAGGAGGACGGACCUGGACUUGGGUGUUUCGUAUUCCAAUUCGUAUUUGUACUCGUAGUCAUAUUCGUAUUCGGUUCCCAUUCAGUUCUGAGUGCUGUUCUCGCGCGACUCGAAAAUAAGUUCAGCCUUCUGGAAUUCGAAUAUUGCAAAACGGAAAAUAAAAUCAAGUAUCUGGAUCGCAGAUAGCAGAUCUCAAUCACGAAUGGACCGAGCCUGAACGGAGCGCGAAACAGCAGCGAUGGGAAUAAAAAAUAGCAACAUUUUGGUUAACUGUUGCAAGCGCUGUGUUUAAUUGUUUGUUUUGGUCGUAAAAUUGGAUUUUAUGACCGACAGCAUAAGAAGCCAGCCCAAACAGUACGCAAUGGAAAUGAGUCCGCGAUUUGUGCCGGCAAAAAACUAUCACAACACCAACAGCUGAAAUUGUCCACAAUAAUAAACUGUAAAAUAUUUAUUUAGCUGAAAGACAAUAGCCGGACGGAAAGUGAAAAGUGUUCGACAAAAUCGGAAAAGAACUGCAAGCGACUGAAUUUGGAAAAUCCAAUUUGAAAAUAUUGCUCCGUUUUUUGAGCACCAUGAACACCCUGUGCACUCCACUCCCCGUGUCUCUUUGACUUUCGAUCGAAGCAACUUCCGCCCCCUGCCCCGUGCCCCGUUCCCAACGCAAUACGUGACUGUGACUCUGACGUCGACUCUCUUCGACCCGCUCUUUACUCAGGACGCGCGCGUGUGUGCGUGUCGAGUGCGUGCAUGAGGCGCGUCUCGUCUGUGUGUGUGUUUGUUAGUGUGCGUGUGCCGUGUGCCGUGCGGCGCGGUUAAACUAUUGGAAAACGGUUUGAUUGCGAAUCAAAACCGAAUCGCACCGAACUGAAUAGAAUCAAAUUGAGAGUGCAAAUACAUCGAUUCAAAACAAACCAACAGUGCAACGUGGGAGAAAGAAAGAGAUAGAGACAUUUUGGGCCUUGGGUCGGUGGGUCGAGUCGAUCGCACCACAACACCCAACACCCACACCGCCGAGUGCAGCCCCAUCCACACACGUUCCGUGUGUGCUUUGUGAUUUUCGCUGCAACCGCUUGACUGAAACGCGUCCAAGAUAACCAUAAAUAUUCCACCUCUCCCCCAAACCCCAACCAUCCCGCUGGCGUGCGCUCUCUACGACCCCCACGAUGUCUCGGCAGUCGGGUCGCACGCCGCUGCCGGGGCGUGGUGGGGGCAUCACACACACCCUCACCCACACGCCCACCCGCAUCCGCAUCCGCAUCCUGCCAUGCAGCACCACCAUCAGCAACAGCAGCAGCAGCAACAACAACACCAGCAUCAACAACAGCAGCAGCAGCAGCACUUGCAGGAGCAGGAGCAGCUGCAACAGUCCUCUCAGCAUCUGCAUCAACUGCAUCACCAUGCGCACCACCACCUGCCUCAGCCCCAGCCUCUGCACUCCGCCAGUCUCCAUCAGAGCGCGCAUCCCCACCUGCAGCAGCAGCACUCGGUUGUCUCCUCUGCGUCGGUUGCGUUGUCCACUCCAUCCUCGGUGCUCCAGCAGCAGCAGCAACAGCAGCAGCAGCAGACUACGCCCACCACACAUUCCACGCCCACGCAUGCCGUCAUGUACGAGGAUCCCCCACCUGUGCCAAUCGUCGCCGUGCAGCAGCAGUCGGCUCUCCAGCAUCUUCCCGCACCCCAGCAGCAGCAGCAACAACAACAGCACCAGCAGCAGCAGCAGCAACAACAGCAGCAGCAGCAACAACAGUUGGCAACAACACCGGUGGCUGUCGCUCUCAGCCCUGCCCAGACACCCACUGGAUCCUCCGCCCAACAGCAGCAACAGCAGCAGCAGCAGCCCCAACAGCAUCUCACAUCUCCCCACCACCAACAAAUGCCCCAGCAGCAGCAGCAGCAGACACCGAAUAGCGUACCCAGUGGCGCCUCGUCAGGGCUCCAACAGCAGCAGCAGCAGCAACAAAAUUCUGCGGUCGCAUCUGGCCAGGCCCAAAUUGUGGCGCCGAGCACGGCGAGCGUUUCUCCCUCCAGUGUUAGUUCCCAGAAAGAAGACAUCAAUAUGUCCAUCCAAUUAGCGCCACUUCAUAUACCCGCAAUCAGGCCUGGGCCCGGCUUCGAGACGGAUGCCUCGGUGGCUGUUAAGCGGCACGCGGCCCCCUGGCCCUACAAUGACGACGGCUUCAACCAGUACCACGCCUCUGCCUCACAAUACUAUAUGGAACAGCGCGACCGCAAGCCGAUGUUCCCCUACUACCCAGAUACCCAGUUUCAGCCGUACUGGGCCAACUACCGUGAUCAGCCGACCUCCGCCGCAGCAGCGGCCUACAUGAGCGCCACCGACGACCGCCAUGUGACGGUGAGCGCGGCGGCAGCGGCGCGACAGUCGGUGGAGGGAACCUCGCAGUCCAGCUACGAAACGCCCACCUACUCCUCUCCAGGGGGACUGCGCGGCUACCCGGGCGAGGCGUACUCCAGCACAGGAGCCUCCGGCGGUCUGUCGGUGGGUGCUGUGGGUCCUUGCACGCCCACCAAUCCGCUGCACGAGUGGACCGGCGCGGUGUCGGUGCGGAAAAAGCGAAAGCCCUACUCGAAGUUCCAGACGCUGGAGCUGGAGAAGGAGUUCCUGUUCAACGCAUACGUGUCCAAGCAGAAGCGCUGGGAGCUGGCCAGAAACUUGCAGUUGACCGAGCGUCAGGUCAAGAUAUGGUUCCAGAAUCGACGCAUGAAGAACAAGAAGAACUCGCAGCGGCAGGCUAAUCAGCAGAACAACAACAACAACUCCAGCAGCAAUCACAACCACUCCCAGACGGCUCAGCAGCACCACAACAACCAUCACCUGAAUCUGGGUCUGAGCAUGGGCCACCAUGCCACCAAGAUGCACCAGUGACCUUUGGACAACAGCAGCGCCAGCACCAUGGGCUUCCCCACCUACUAGCAGUUAGCCAACCCGAAUCCGAACCCACACAUGAACCCCAACCCGAACCCAGUUCCCGAACCGAACGCCCAUCUAAUCAAGAACGAGCUGGCCUUGGACUUUCCAUGCUAGCCGAAAGACUCGAACCAGCUCUGGGCAAUUCGGUCAAAUGUACAAAACUCCUGAGCUGUUUUAGGCCAGGAUGACAGGGAAGGGGAAGGGACGGGACGGGAAGCGAUCUGGGUCUGGGGAUGGAGAUGGAGAAGGUAGCCCUGGAAUGAGCUGGCGUCGCUGUUAACCAAAGCAGAGCGGCCCCGAGGAGAUGCGAAGAUAAUACCUUAAAUAAAAUGCAUAUAAUUAAUAAGUCAGUGCUUAGAGAUCGGUUAACGAGCAGAAGACACAACUGGCAAGAACGACACAACCAUUCAGAACAGAUACCCAUUUGCAGAUAGACGAUAAUGGCAGCUUAGUUCAGUAGUUGAAUAUAUGUAUGUAUGUAGUAAUGUACGGGGAAGCAGAAAAGGAUAAACUUCAAAUUGCAAUUUGCAUGAAAAUAUAUGUAUGUAUGUAUAUGUAUAUCUAUGAAGGCUCUCAUUAACCUAAGCGAGCAUUAUGAAUUUUCAAAACUAUAAAUAUGAAUAUACCUAAACAUCAGUGAAUAUUAACCGUAUAAAUUAUGAAUAACAAGCGUUCGAGUAGUAGAUUUUACCAUAAUUAACUUUGUAAGUGCAGCUAGAUUGCAGCUAAAUUAGGUUGAGCACAUCGUAGACCCAGAAAAUGUUCUUGAAACAACAACAACAAAUUGUUUAACAAUUGUCAGUCGCCUCACCCAUCACCCAUCACACUCGCACACACACUAUAACCCUUGCCCACACCCAGAUAGAUAUUGCCACAAUUUAGGAUCAAUUUUGUCGUGUAAUGUUCGUUGUGUCGUGUCCUUUGAUACCUUCUAAGUUCCUGUAUAUAAACUAAGACAUUGGGCCGCAGAAAACACUUGAGAACCACUCUAUGGAAAGCAUACACAAGAACAUAUUAAUAAUGAUGUAUAAUGAAAUUUCGAUUCGAAUUCGAUUUUAGCAAAUGGUAGCCCCGUAAGAUUUCGAUGUGUGCAUGUUUACUCCAUAGUUAAAGUCGCUUUCGAUCUAACGUAACUUUAAAACAAACAAA